AUGUCGGCCCAAAGUAUACAUGCUUCUUCGGCCCCGAACACCCGCCUAUCUCCUUCCUCGCUCCCCGCGGACUCUUCUUCACCGGCAGUAUGGGAAAGGCUGAGUACUUGGGCCUCGGAAAACAAGCCUCUAGUAUACACAAUUGCUGGGGUAGCCAUUGUGGGGUCUGGGGUAGGGGCGGUGUAUUAUUACUCCCGGUCUGGCGACGGUUCACAUGGCGGCCGGGUACAAGAGAAGAAACAGAAAUUGAGCAAGAGUCAGAGGCGGAAAGCCAAACAGGAGAAGGAGAGCGCACAGGUUUCUUCGGCCUCGCAGCCGGCCUCAGAAACGCCGAAAGAUCCACAGCGAGUCGCCACAGUUCAACCAGAUCCGCUCGAAGGGAUACCGCCCGUAGACGAGUCUACGGUUGACUCAUUAUCGUCGGAGGAAAGAGAGGACUAUGCACAAAGAUUGAAGCUUGCUGGGAACAAAGCGUACGGUGAUCGAAAUUACAAUGAGGCAAUAGAGCUAUAUGGUAAGGCCAUAUUGUGUAAACCUAACCCAAUCUUCUACUCCAAUCGAGCGGCAUGCUACAACGCUCUGGGCGAGUGGGAAAAGGUGGUGGAAGACACCACUGCUGCUGUCAGUAUCGAUAAUCAAUACGUGAAGGCGUUGAACAGGAGAGCAAAUGCAUACGAACACCUGAAACAAUAUAACGAAGCUCUACUGGACUACACAGCAAGCUGUAUAAUUGAUCAAUUUCGAAAUGAUCAGAGCGCGCAGAGCGUGGAGCGGUUGUUGAAGCUGGUCGCAGAAGCCAAGGGCAAGACAAUCCUAGCUGAGAAAGAAAAACGCCUCCCCAGCCCAACGUUUGUCACCAAUUAUCUUCGGAGUUUCCGACCAAAGUCACCUCCUACAGGCUUGGAAGAGAGCGCUGAAAUAGAUGAGCAAAGCGGCAAAGGCCAGCUGCGCGCAGGGCUGGUUGCGAUGGGUAAAGAGACAGGAGAAGGUUACGAGGCUGCCGCGGCUGCGUUCGACAAGGCCUUAGACUUGGGCGAGCUCGGUGAUUACGAAGGAUUUGCAUACAAUAUGCGAGGUACAUUCAAGUACCUUCGCGGUGAGAACAAUGCUGCACUAGAAGACCUAUCGAAAAGUGUUGAGAUACAACCAUCUUUGACCCAAAGCUACAUAAAACGGGCGAGUAUGCAUCUAGAGCUAGGACAAAGGGAUGCAGCUGCAAACGAUUUCGACGAAGCGAUGGCUCGCCAGUCUGAUGAUCCGGACAUCUACUACCAUCGAGCGCAGCUGAACUUCAUUUUGAACGAGUUUGCUGAGGCUGCCAAGGAUUAUCAGAAAUCAAUUGAUCUGGACUCCAAUUUCAUUUUCUCGCAUAUACAACUCGGCGUUACUCAGUAUAAAAUGGGGUCGAUAGCAUCGUCGAUGGCGACCUUUAGGCGAUGCGUCAAGAAUUUUUCAAAGGUUCCUGACGUAUACAAUUACUAUGGAGAACUCCUACUCGAUCAACAGAAGUAUCAGGAGGCGGUUGACAAGUUUGACACUGCCGUAGAAAUGGAAAGACAAACAAAGCCGCUCAACAUGAACGUGCUACCUUUAAUCAACAAGGCGCUUGCAAUGUUUCAGUGGAAGACCGACUUUGAAGAAGCUGAGAAGCUCUGUCAGAAGGCCUUGAUAAUUGACCCAGAGUGCGACAUAGCUGUUGCAACUAUGGCUCAGCUGCUAUUGCAGCAAGGCAAGGUUACAGAAGCCUUGAAAUACUUCGAGAGAGCUGCCGAACUCUCCAGAACGGAGGGAGAAAUCGUCAAUGCUUUAUCGUACGCGGAAGCGACGAGGACACAGCUUGAAGUACAGCAACGCUACCCACAUUUGGCUGAAAGACUCCAGGCGAUGGGAGGUAAUUUGCAAGCUGGGGCAGCCAUGCGGUAA